AUGGAGUCACCCAGCUGGCUGCCUGUGUUCAUGCAACAGGUGCUGCUGAGGCCCCAGGAGGCCCUGGUCCCAUCACAAAUCAGGGUCUUCGUGGUGCCCCACCACCACGUGGACAUAGGCUGGCUCCACACCUCCAGCUGGAGCAUGCAGGCUUAUGUCACCAAAGUCCACACCUCGGUGGUGGAGGAGCUGACCCGUAAUAAGCAGCACAGGUUCAUCAUCGUGGAGCAGGAGUUCUCCCAGCUGUGGUGGGAUGGCGUCACGUCAGCCAAGCAGAAACUCCAGGUCCAUGAGAUUGUGGCCCAAAGACUCCUGGAGUUUGUCCUUGGAGGCCAGGUCAUGCAUGAUGAGGUCGUGACCCACGUCGAUGACCAGAUCUUCCAGCUCACAGAAGAACACGGAUUUCUCUACAAAACAUUUGGGAUCCGGCCGCAGUUCUCCUGGCAGGUGGACUCACUUGGCGCCUCUGCCACAACCCCCACCCUGUUUGCCCUGGCUGGCUGCAGUGGCCACAUCAUCUCCCAGAUUGACUAUGACUUGAAAGAGGCCAUGCAGAAGGACCAGGAGAUGCAGUUCGUGUGGAGAGGAUCCAGGUCCCUGCUGGCGCAGCAGGAAAUCUUCACGCACGUCCUGGAUGAGAACGGCUACUGCUCCACGUCAGCCCUGACCCUCACAGCCAGCCCUGAGGGGACUCACCAAGCACCCAUCUUACAGAAAGAACAACUGAGGUCUAGACACCCAGCCAAGGACAACAUUCAAAUGUAUACCAAGAAACUGUUGAACAAUGCGCGGGAACGAUUCAUCUGGUUCCAGACAGGACAUGUUCUCUGGCCAUGGCGAUGCAGCAGGCAGUUCUUCAAUGCCUCAGUGCAAUUUGCCAACAUGGACCGUCUGAUGAACUACAUCAACAGCCUCACACCCAAGACUGGUAUCUUCUUGGAGUAUGCCACACUGAGCAACUACUUCCAAGCUAUACACUCUAAACAUAUGUCAGGGCCUGUCUGAAACCACUGCGACUUCCUGCCCUAUACCUGGGGACCGUUUCAUUCCUGGACCAGGUUCUAUGCCUCCCGCAGCGGGCUCAAGGGGCUGGCGCGGCGAGCCAGCUCUCUGCUCUAAGCCGGGGAGUCCAUGUUCACACGAUUCAUGUUGGCUCCACACUGGUUCCUGGACUGGGCCUGGGCCCUGCAGCAGCUCCAGAAGCUCCGCUGGGUGGUCUCCGAGGUCCAGCACCAUUACGCCAUCACAGGGAUUCACACCCCCAACGUGAGAGACACGUUUGUGGAGCACCUGAGCACCGGGAUGCAGGGGGUACGCAAGCUGAUGGUCUCUAUCAUCCAGGACAGGUCCCCAGCCCUCUCUGGCCCAGAGCCUGGGGGGCAUUUUGCCGUGGUCUAUAAUCCCCUGGCCUGGACAGUCACCACCAUCGUCACCCUGACUGUGAACUUCCCUGAGGUCAACCUCACAGAUGAGACAGGCAACCCCGUGCCUGCACAGGUCCAGAACUCAAAGAAGACGCCAUCUGCCUAUGACCUGCUUGUGCUGACCACGAUCCCAGGACUCUGCUACCAGUAUUACUUCAUCAGGCCCAUGAGGAGGGCCCAGAAGGACACUCAGCAGACUGGGGCCUCCGUGGACAGCACCAACGAGUUUGGCCGCAGACCCGGGACAAAUCGUAGGCAAGUGGGCAGACGCAUGUGGGGGAAUGACUGCUAUACCAUGUCCCUGGGCAAGGACACCAACCUGAUGCACAGCGUCUGGGAGAGGCAGAGUAACCAAACCAUCCAGGUGACCCAGGAGUUCAUGGAAUACCAUGAUAACAGUGAUGAGGGUCAGGUAUCCAUUUCCGAUAACUACGUGUUUGCUCCUAAUGGUACAGCGAAGCCAGCCUGGGUGGCUGUGGAAAUGGAGAUCCUGGAGGAGCAGCUCUUGACCGAGAUCUGGCAAUGCUUCUACAGGGACGUGAAUGACAGGGACCCCGCGUACACCAUCUACUCCGGGCUGGCCCGCGGGCCCCCGGGCACUGACGGGGAGCUGCUGGGUCAUCGCAUAGAGCAGGAGUACACUGUGGGCCCCUUGGAGCUGAACCGUGAGGCCAUCUUGAGGACCAGCACCAAUCUCAUCACCGGGUGGGUCCUCUACUCCGACAACAACGGGUACCAGAUGCAGCGCAGAGCCUAUAAGCAGUACAUGGCGAACACUAUAGCUUGGAAUUACUACCCCACGACUCAGUCGGCCUUCAUCCAGGACAGACAGAGCAUGCUGCUGUCGGAGCAGGCGCACGGCGUCUCCAGCCAAGGGAGCGGGCAGAUGGAGGUCAUGCUCCAUCGGCAGCUGUUGAUCAAACAGCAGUGGGCCCUGUUUGUCAACGUCACGCUGAACGACACCUUGGUUAUCCACUCGGUGCUCUGGCUCCUGCUGGGACCCUUGACCCUCACCAGGGACCUCGGCCAGAGGAGCGGGCUGGCGCUGCAGCACAGACCCCUAGUGCUGCUUCGAGAGCUGAGCAAGACUACCCGGGUUCACCCGGACUUCCAGCAGCAAGAAGCAGUGACGCUGCCUCCAAGUCUCCACCUGCAGAUCCUCAGCAUCCCAGGCUGGAUGUCCAACUCAAACCACACAAAGCACCUGCAGAAUCUUCAGAAAGGCCAUCAAGGACAGGCCAAAGUGGACUUCUGCCGAGUCUUGCUGCGGCUUCACCACCUGUAUGAGAAGGGACAGCACCCUGUCCUGUCUCAGCCUGUGACGGUGAAUCUGCAGCUCGGCACCUGGGGAGACCAGCUCCUCCUCGGCCUCAGUUCCCUCAUCUGUAAAAUGGGGCUGCCCAUCCUGUCUAUCCUGUCCAUCCCUGGUGGCUCAGCUGGUGGCGCACACCGUCCCUUGCCACCCUACAGAGGCCCUGACAUCACCAUUCACCCAAAGGAGAUCCAGACGUUCUUCAUUCACUUUCAAGAGCAGUGA